ACGGUUGAACUUCCUGCUCGAGCGUUGCCAUUGCGGCGGUUUCACUUGGCUGUGCACCGUGUGCUGCGGAGGGAGGAGGAGAGAAGCUCCGUGAGCAGCUGGGGGUGCAGCCCGGCCCGUGCUGGGGGUGGGGACAGGGCCCACCACUAGCACCAUGCUCCUGGGGGUCCUCGUGGUGCUCUGCUUCAUCCCCGCUGCUGAUGUGACAGAAAACAAGAUUUUAGUGGCUCAGAGUCCUUUGCUCAUUGUAAAUAACAAGAAUGCAACUCUAGUCUGCAACUACACAUAUAAUGGAACAGCGGAGGAAUUUCGAGCUUCGCUGCACAAAGGAACAGACAGUGCAGUUGAAGUUUGCUCUAUUUCAUGGAAGACGACCAAAAAUAGCAGUAACUCAAAUGAAGAAUUCAACUGCCAGGGGAUUCAUGAUAAAGACAAAGUCAUCUUCAAUCUUUGGAAUAUGAGUGCCAACCAAACUGACAUCUACUUCUGCAAAAUUGAGGCCAUGUAUCCACCCCCAUAUGUCUACAAUGAGAAAAGCAACGGGACUGUCAUUCACGUGAAAGAGACACUGAUCCAAAUACAAGAGCCUCAGUCUACAAUUCCUUUGUGGAUUAUGGUGACAAUGACUGGAGUUCUUGGUUUCUACAGUAUGCUAAUAACAGCAGUUUUUAUUGACUACUGGCAAAAAUCCAAAAAGAACAUGUACCAUCAGAGUAACUACAUGAACAUGACUCCCCGGCACCCGCCGUACCAGAAGAACAAGGGCUACCCAUCCUAUGCACCAACACGAGACUACACGGCGUAUCGGUCCUGGCAGCCGUGAGACCCACCAGCAGCCUCCUCUGCUCCUGGGAGCUCACUGGCUCUUGGAUGUGGAAGGACAGCCUCUCCUUUUUGAAUGCUUGUCAUUACUGAUCAUGGAUAACUCCACCAUAGCAAGUAUUGGCUAAACGUUGGUAUGCUAAAAGAAACAAGCAAACUGACAUUAAAAGGGAGGGGAAAAGUAAAAAAGGAUUGUUCACCAUGAUGGCUGAAAAAGAGAUACAACUUGAGGGUUGGCCGUCAGUAAGACAGAGAGAUGGCAUGAGACCUCAGAGCUGGCCUCCUCCUCACAUUUGUGGUUUGGGUCAGCCGUUGGGAGAACCAGAACUUCUGACAUUUCCCAAUAACUGGUGCCUUAGAUUUAACCCUUAAUUUCCUUUAUUCUGUAUGUCUAAUCCUCAGAAACCCUUGUUCCUGUUAAAUAUGGCAAAAUAUAAAAACAAUAAUAUUUUCUUCCCUACAAGACCAGGGCACAGUUUGAAGUUCAAAACACAUGCUUGAAAGAAAGAGGGAAAAGUCAGCCAGAUGGCAUCCAGGCUAUCAGGCUGUGGUGCAAAUGGGCCAUCAGGACGAAUCAAGGCGAUCAAUAGAAAACUACUAAUCCCUCAACAUGUGAGUCCUUAGGCUGGACACUUUGUAAAUGUUCAUAAGGCCAUUUGAAGUCAUGGCCAAGCAACUCCACAGGUGAGAAAAUAAUCAACCUGAAGACAAAACGAAGACAAGCAGCAGCAGAAGAAAGAUCUGUUGUCAUCAUGAAGAACCCCAGCUCUGUUUUGUUUGCCUCCUACAGCGAGCGAACACAAAGUCAUGCGGGGAGCAUUAGAAGACACAGAGGUCGGAUUUUGAAGAGAGCUUUACUUUCAUUUUUGAAUUUUUGUUUCUACGCAAAGGGUGUUUUGCUAAGUCCUCCUGAAAAUUCAUGCACAUCUUCUGGCACCUCGGUUGUACCAGAGCUCUUUUGAAAAUGAGCAACUAAAGAUCACUUGAAUUUUUUUCCCAUAAGCACCCAGUUUUGGGGGUGUGAGAGGGUCCUUCAGUCCCACCAUUGUGAAUUGGACCUGAAAGCGCUCAGCCACGUUCAGGGACUGCUCUGGGCACUCCAAUGAACUUUGCGUUGACUGGAGGUUACCUCUCUAUCCAAACAUGUUCUUCAGGAAUGCUCCAUGCUGGAGUAGCACAAAGUCUUCGGCAAAACCUUCAAUCAAGCAUGUUUACAUUAACAAGACAUCCUAAACUGCAAUCAGGGUUGUCUUGCUAUAAAAUCCUGUUUCAUUCUGAGGAGAUGAGUUUUAUUUUAUAGGGACUACUGAAUAAACAAUUAAAUGAAAAAUCCAUAUUCCCACCUUGAAAUAAAAUGGGGACUGUACAUUUACUUUCCUUCAAAUUGGGAUAAGAUUCUUUCUGUCUUUGAGGGGACAUGGCAAAAGCAGAUAUGUAGAAGUGUGGCAACAAUCUGCUUUGACAUCUUAACCCAAGAAAAAAAGCUUUGGCACUUCCAAAUUACUGAGUUUGCUGACUGGGCCCCAAACCAUCCAUGUAUUCUAGUGCAAAUGUAAGGUGAGAUGGCAAACGUAUAUCAAAAGCAUAAAACAGGGUAAACAUUCUUUGUUUAAUCUGCAUGUGUAUAUAUUUUAGGUAGAGAUGUAUCUACUUCAUUAUAUCUAUAUUCCUUAGAGUUUUACUAUACUUUUUGCAAUCUCCUUUUAAAAUUAUUAAAUAGAUACAAUAAAUUAAAUCCUGAAUAAAUGCAUUAGGCCUGAAGCUA